GGUUCGGAGGAGGAAUGGCGACGCCGGGGCCCCGCUACGCGCCGCCAGAUCCGACGCUGCCCAAGCCCUGGAAGGGCCUCAUCGACGGCACCACCGGCUACCUCUACUUCUGGAACCCGGAGACCAAGGUCACCCAGUACGACCGCCCCAUGGGCCCGCCCCCCGCCCCCGUCGCGCCCGCCCCCGCACCCGCCCCCGUCGCGCAGCCCCAGUACCACCACGAGGAGAGACCCAGGAACAGGGACCAUCCGCCGGAGCGCCACAGCGAAUCUGCAGGAAACCGCGCGCCAUAUGCUGACCACAAGCCCAGGAGCGAUCCUUCUUUGGAGCAGCGCUAUUCAGCUGGAGCGAACCCUGCAACUAUGGCUCCCACUAACCCAGCUCCACAGGCUACCAAUGGAAGCAGCAUGUCGGUAGACGCCUACCGUGCUAAGCACGAGAUUACCGUUAUCGGAAAUGAAAAGCCAGCUCCAUUCAUGUCGUUUCAGUCCACGGGCUUCCCUGCAGAGAUUCUUAGGGAGGUCCAACAGGCAGGAUUCUCUGCACCAAGUCCUAUCCAAGCUCAAUCAUGGCCUAUUUCUCUAAAAGGGCGUGAUAUUGUAGCUGUGGCCAAGACAGGUUCUGGAAAAACCCUGGGUUAUCUACUUCCAGGAUUUAUUCUUUGUAAGAGCCUGCGAAACAAUUCACGGGAUGGACCAACAGUGCUGGUUCUCUCUCCAACCAGGGAACUAGCAACACAGAUUCAAGAUGAAGCAAUCAAGUUUGGCAGAUCUUCGAGAAUAUCAUCUACUUGUCUAUAUGGCGGUGCUCCAAAAGGCCCUCAGAUAAGAGAUAUAGAGCGUGGUGUCGAUAUUGUUGUUGCAACUCCUGGAAGAUUGAAUGACAUUCUAGAAAUGGGAAAAGUGAGCCUUCGUCAAGUAGCAUAUCUUGUUCUUGAUGAAGCUGACCGUAUGCUUGAUAUGGGAUUUGAGCCACAGAUAAGGAAAAUUGUGAAACAAGUACAACCUAAGAGGCAAACUCUUAUGUUCACUGCCACUUGGCCAAAAGAGGUGAGAAGAAUAGCGUCAGAUUUGCUGACUAACCCUAUCCAGGUUAACAUUGGGAACACUGAUGAGCUGGUUGCAAAUAAGUCGAUCACUCAGCAUGUGGAAGUUACCACAAGUAUGGAGAAACAGAGACGCCUUGAGCAGAUCUUGAGAUCACAGGAGCCUGGAUCCAAAGUCAUAAUAUUUUGCUCCACAAAAAGGAUGUGUGAUACUCUGUCAAGAAAUCUAUCACGGCAGUACCGUGCAUCUGCCAUACAUGGUGAUAAAUCACAGGCUGAGAGGGAUUCAGUGUUGAGUGAAUUUCGAAGUGGCAGGUGCCCAGUUCUUGUAGCUACUGAUGUCGCUGCUCGAGGCUUAGACGUAAAGGACAUCAGAGUUGUGGUUAACUAUGAUUUCCCAACGGGGGUUGAGGACUAUGUCCAUAGAAUUGGGAGAACAGGUAGAGCCGGUGCGACUGGAAUCGCAUAUACAUUCUUCUGUGACAACGAUGCAAAGUAUGCUUCAGAUCUUGUGAAGAUUUUGGAGGGUGCAAACCAAACUGUCUCACAACAGUUACGAGACAUGGUUGGCCGCGGAGGGUAUGGUGGCAGGCCACGGGGGCGUUGGGCAUCUUCUAAUGAUUCCUAUGGUGGCCAGGGAUCUUUUGGCGGCCACACUCGAGAUAGUUCAAGCUUUCAGUCAAGUGCCUAUAACAGCAGCAGUCAAUACGGUGGCACUCCUAGCUUCAAUGCCAGCAGUAACAGCAAUCAGACCAGUGGAGUUUCAAGCUUACCUGCCAGUGGCAGCAACAAUCAGUCGGGUGAAGGUCUCAGCUUUCAUGAAAGGUUCUACAGCUCUAGAGGUGGUGACCGUGCUAGGAGCAGGAGUCCUCCCAAGGCCAUGGGGGUCUCCAACUGGUAAAAUGUUGUCUGGAAGAUGGUGACGAAAUGGGGUAGACGGAGUUGGUUCCCUAACCAAAUUAUAGUGUUAUCUCUUGUGGUCGUUUGAGCAAAGGUUGUCCUGAACUUUGCUGACUUAGGUUAAGUUGUGUCGGGUAUUUUGUUAUGUCGAUGAGGUGCUGCCUCGCAGGCGCACUUGAUACUGUGUCGGUUAUGGUGGUGUUAAAAAGUACUCUCGUGGAACCUGGAACCUUGGGCUGGUUAGCUAUCUAUACCCUGGUGGUCGCAGUAGUGUUAUAAUCCUCGGAGUCGAACGGCUUGAGCCGUGAAGUUUGGACGGAACCAUGUAAGUUAAGUCGGCUGUUGUAAAUGCCCUCGGCAUGGCAUGAUGUUGGACCGAAUGCCCUAUAUGCUUUGCACAUGCCGAACUUCUGAGCAA